AUGGCCACUCAGAAACCCCUCAUCCUCGUCACGGGCGCCUCUGGCUUCAUAGGCAGCCACACCGUCAACAACUUCCUCCGCCACGGCUACCGCGUCUGCCUCGCCGGCCGCAACGAGUCGACCUGCAAGCGCCUCCUCAAAACCCACGCCGCGCACUCGACCCAACUCGAAACGACCGUCGUCCCCGACAUUACCGUCCCAGGCGCCUUUGACACGGCCGUCAAAGGCGUCUCCGGAGUCAUCCACAUGGCCUCCCCUUUCACCUACGCGAUCCAAGACAAUGAGCGCGACCUCAUCAUCCCAGCCGUGAAGGGCGCAGAGGGGAUUUUGCAGAGCACGUACCGAUUUGCGCCGGAUGUGAAGAGGGUCGUGUUGCCGUCGUCAUUUGCGGCGUUGAAUGAUUUCGGGAAGGGCUUGAGGCCGGGCCAUGUCUACGACGAGACGCAGUGGAAUCCAAUUACAUACCAGGAGACGAAGGAGGAUACAAAGGGGCUGGCGUAUGCUGGAAGUAAAACCCUCGCCGAACGCGCCGCUUGGGAGUUCCUCUCCUCGAAUCCGGAUGUCAACUUCUCCCUUUCCACUAUCAAUCCUGUCAUGGUCUACGGCUCUCCUCUUCCAGGCUCCCUCACCCUGGACCACCUAGGGCAAUCGGCAGGCGAGAUCUACGCCCUCAUGAACGGCACCCUCGACGACGUCCCGCCAACCCGCAUGCCCGUCUUCGUGGACGUGCGGGACGUCGCUGACGCUCAUCGUCUGGCGUUUGAGACUACCCAGCCUGGCCGCUUCGCCAUGUGUGGCGGGGACUUCACCAGGGAGGAGAUAUGUCGGCUGUUUAGAGACGCUGGGCUUGGGCUUGAGGGCCGGGUGCCGAAGAAUGGAGUCGAUCGUGAUACGAGGGUGGAGCAUUAUAGGGUGGAUACGACGAGGGCGAAGGAGAUCUUGGGGAUCAAGUUCAAGGGGUUCGAGGAGACGUUCUUGGAUAUGGCGAACGAGUUUCUUGCUAUGGAGGAAAGUACCAAGUAG